AUGAGACUCACCUCUAGCAUAUAUAGUCAUAGUGAUGUCAAAAUUAAUUGGCCAAAACUUGAUUAUCGCAAAUAUAAACUGGAGCAUCCUGAUCUAAUAAGACACGUCGAGCGACUUAGAGCAAUCGGCCUUAAAGAUCCUUGGAUUCGGAACUAUGCUUGGCUUUAUUCUCCCAAUGUUCACGAAACCUUAUGGCAGACCAUGCGCCGAACAGUGCUCAAAAAAGCCCCUCAUGGCUUUGUCACGGCACUUGCACUUACUGGUCUCAAAGUUGCUUACGAUCGUAUGCCAUUAUCAAACCUGAUUAAUCACAAAGCUGAGACUAGCGAUACUUCAACUAAUUGA